AACCUUAUUCUUAGGGCAGGAAUAAGGGGAUAUUCUUUGUUGCCAUUGAUCUAAACAAGCCCUUGUUAGAACAAGGCCCGUUUGAUGUUGUCUUGCAUAAGUUGCCAGGAAAAGAGUGGCGUGAGAUUAUUGAGGUUUGUGAUCUCCGAAUACCUCCACCUGCUUUCUGAUUGUACUAGAAAUAUUUUCUUGUGAACUUUUGAUGCACCCAUUUAUGGCAAGGCAUGAAAUCAGUGGCAUCUGUCAAUGCUGGUAAUUAAGUUUGAAAUGGUGGUGGAUGGCUGGAUAAUCUAAUUUCCUGGAUUCUUAAAAGCUUAUUAUCUUAUGACAUCAUUUGCAGAGUUUAUGCUCUCCUCCUCAUCAUGAUCAGAUAUUUGAAAUUAGUCUUUCAAGUAUUCCAGCAAGUGAGGAUUUAUUCUUGCGAUUAACCUAAAUAAUAUGAAUAGGCAUUGUUGGACUUUGUUUUCAAUAGAAAAAAACUAGUAUCCCCUUAAGACUUAUUAGAGAAGAGUAAUGCUACCGAUUCCAUAGGUUGAUAUUCCCUUGAUUUAGGCCUAUCUAACUUGGAAAAUUAAUCUAUAAUCAGACACAUUAGCACAGGAUAAAGGAAAGAAAACCAGGAAAGUAUCACAAGAUACAUUCUUAAUCUCAUUGGGAGGGAGACAUAGUAAUUUUAUUUUAACUUUUGAUCUGCUUUCUCUUUGAUGAUUAAUCAUGCUUCUAUUACUUGCCAUUUUUUUGUCUUUGUAUUAAUAAUAUUUUCUUUACAACAUCUGAAUAGGGAAACAUAACUUCCUCUAAAGGGAUGAAAUAUGAAGCAGUGUUGUUAAAUAGCGGCGCUAUAACUCUGCGGAAUUGGAACAAAUUGCAAUUGUUCUAUGAUAUCCAAUUUAGUACAAAAUGGUGUCAAAUAGAGUAUGGUGGUGCUAUAGCGCCGCUGUGCAGAGGAAUUUGAUCAAAUCACUAGUUUCUGCAAUUUACGAUUGACAACACUGAUAUGAAGUCUACUGUUUGAUUAGGUUUUUCAUUAUGGUCUCUCUACUGUCCUAUACCGUUCAUUUACCGGAUGGCCUAGAAUAUUGGCAAUGGCAAACUUGGUCAAUUUUGUCAGUAUUGAGAACAAAGAGCUUUUUUCUUUGAUACAUUAUUUUCCAUAUUUACUAAUAUUUUGGAAAAGAUAUAAUUCGUUUGGAAUUAUUCUUCAGUCAGUAUUCAUGCUUCCUUUGUAUCUAAAGAGUAAAGAAUGAUGCUUAAAAAACGGACAACACAGUGCCAUAAACUGUCCAGUAUCUACCAUGGCGGGGUACGGAGAAGGGUCGGACCCACUGUGGAUCUAUUGUAAGCAGUCUUCUCUUGUAUCUGCUACUUCUUCGUCCCACGACAGCAACUUCAACUGUUGUGCUAGGGCUAUUACGCUAAAGAGUGAACCGUCCACACCAAAUUUCUUAAAGUACAUGAAUGCCUAUAGUUGGAGUUUAUAAUAUUCCAAUAUUGCUAAUCAUCAAAUCAAUUGUCUCUGGUAAUCUUAUAAUAUCCAACAUUUAUAUUAUAUGUAAUAGUAUAAUACUAUCAGCCUGGAAGGAACAAAAGAGGAGAGCUUUUGAGUUCUAACAAAUGGUUUAGUAUUGAAAAAAAUCUUUCUCUGUAAUCUCUUGAGAAGAUGAAUUUACAGCCUUAGUCAUAUUUGUCAGAGUUAAAAUUUUCUGGAUUUCAGGCAUAAACAUCCCGAAGUUACCAUCCUUGACCCUCCAGAUGCAAUUCAACAUUUGCUCAAUCGACAAUCCAUGCUACAAAAUGUGGCAGAGCUAAACCUAUCCGACUGCCACGGCAAGGUUGGGGUUCCACAGCAAUUAGUUAUCACUAAAAACCCAUCUACUAUCAUCAAUGAAGUCACUAAGGCUGGAAUGAAGUUACCAUUAGUUGCUAAACCGUUGGUUGUGGACGGGAGUGCCAAGUCACACGAACUGUGUAUUGCUUAUGAUGAAGUGUCACUUUCAAAGCUUGAACCUCCACUUGUUCUUCAAGAGUUUGUCAAUCAUGGUGGUCUCCUCUUUAAGAUUUAUAUUGUUGGGGAAACUAUAAAGGUUGUGAGGCGUUUCUCUCUACCUAAUGUUAGUAAACAUGAGCUGUUGGAUGUUGAUGGUUUAUUCCGAUUGCCAAGAGUUUCAUGCGCAGCAGCUUCUGCAGAUGAUGCUGAUUUGGAUCCAAAUAUUGCAGAACAUCCACCAAGACCUUUAUUGGAGAGGCUUGCAAGGGACCUCCGUUGUAGACUGGGACUCCGCUUGUUCAACAUUGAUAUGAUACGGGAACACGGGACAAAGGAUGUGUUUUACGUCAUUGAUAUCAAUUACUUUCCGGGGUAUGGAAAAAUGCCAGAGUAUGAGCACAUAUUUAUAGAUUUCCUACUUAGCCUUGUGCAGAAUAAGUGUAAAAAGAGGGAUGGUACUUAAACCAAGGGAAGUGAAUAGAUUGAUCCAUUCAACUUGUUUGUAAUGUCACUGAAGCCUCAUUAAAAUUUGUUAAAUGGGUUAUCAAGGGUACCUGUUCUCUCCCUCUCUCAGUCACUCACUGAUAAAAAGCCUUUGUUGCAACAUUAGUGAUGAACUUUUAUUGCUGCAAGAUAAUUAUGUGGUUGUUAAUUUUCUCGUUGGUUACAUCUAACUUUCAUUCCACUGUCGAGUUCGGCAAUAAACUCUAAAGCAAGUGGAAACAAGAUUGUGCUGCAAUUUCACUAGAUUAUAAUUUUAAUUUUUCGUUUGUCCUAA